UAACUUCCAAACUCCGUCUCCGUCUGCAGAGAUGAAUCUCAUGAUGGUUUGUGCCGUGGCUCUUUUGGGAGCUUGCCAGCCCGCUUAUGAGUGCAGAGCCGUAGAGAGCCGGACCGGAUCCCGCCUGUCGGACAGGCUUCAGCACCUGCCGCUGCCCAUCCUCCUCCGGCUCGGUGAGCAGUACUCCAUCCAGCUGGACAAUUCCAAACAAGACCCCUCUCCGGUCAGGUCGGACCUGUGGUCACACGGCCCGUCCCCAGCCGCAACAGUCAACCGCGCCCUGCAGCUGCAGCUCACCCAGCGAAAGGUCGCUAGCUCCGAAGGGCAGCAGGAGGAAGAUUCCGCGGAGAAAGAAAAGCGCUCCGACGAUCCACCCAUUUCCCUGGACCUGACUUUCCACCUGCUCCGAGAAGUUCUGGAGAUGGCUCGGGCGGAACAGCUCGCCCAGCAGGCCAAUGAUAACCGCAAAAUGAUGGACAUAUUUGGCAAAUGAGCUUUGGAAGAACCAACCCAUUUUUUUUCUUUUCGUAAGACACGUGUUAAAUAAUUGUAUUGUUUUUGUUUUGAUGCAUACCACAACUAAC